GUUCCUGAAACCCUCGAUUGUCCACGCAACACUCUGAUCAUCGCCAACAUGCAUUUCCUCAAAGGGCUGGUUGUUUCCCUUCUGCCUUUUACGGCCCUUGCAGCGAAGAAACCCGCCGCAGAUAGAUUCGAGGCGUUCCAUUCGAAAGCUCGCUCUUCGUCCCCAUUAAAGCUCGAUGAUUCUCUAUAUGGGAAGCUUACCACAGCUCCGAGAGACUAUGCAGUCGCCGUCCUGCUUACGGCUUUGGAAUCUCGAUUCGGAUGUCAAUUGUGUCGGGAAUUCCAGCCAGAAUGGGAAUUGCUGUCCAAGAGCUGGAUUAAAGGGGAUAAGAAGGGCGAAUCACGAUUGCUUUAUGGCACCUUGGACUUCACCGAUGGGAAGAACACUUUCCAAUCUCUUGGUCUCCAAACUGCGCCAGUCCUCCUUCUUUUCCAGCCAACCACUGGCCCUCACGCUGCGGCAGACAGUGGCCCGAUCAGAUACGACUUCAAAAGCGGACCACAAUCCGCAGAGCAGGCCCACUCCUGGAUCACUCGUCACCUACCUGAGGGUUCAUAUCCACAAGUCGUCCGGCCCAUCAAUUGGGUUCGUGUUAUAGCUGUAACCACAACAAUCCUAGGCACGAUUACCUUCCUAAGUGUUGCAUGGCCAUACUUGUUGCCUGUCAUUCAAAACCGCAACGUUUGGGCAGCCAUUAGCUUGAUUGCUAUCUUGCUCUUCACGAGUGGGCAUAUGUUCAACCACAUCCGAAAAGUGCCUUAUGUUGCUGGCAAUGGUAAAGGUGGUGUUAGCUACUUUGCUGGCGGGUUUUCGAACCAAUAUGGCCUUGAGACGCAAAUUGUUGCCGCCAUGUAUGGAAUUCUCUCCUUCGCUACCAUUUCGCUGGCCUUGAAGGUUCCACGCAUAUCAGACCCAAGGACACAGCAAGUCGCCGUUAUCAUUUGGGGAGCAGUGAUUUUUGUCAUGUAUAGCUUCCUCCUGAGCACCUUCCGCAUCAAGAACGGCGGAUACCCAUUUUGGUUACCUCCUUUUGCGUAGACGUUCUACAUGGGAACGGUCGGAUAUCUUGAAUCGAGACGGAGCAUCAACUGGGUGUACAAAAGUCUUCAGAGCAUGUAAUAUAGCUUCGAUAGAAGCGUUUAUAGGUCACAAAGGAGUCUGAUUUCAUCGUUUGCCAACCCGGGUAGCUGAUCUCUUGGCUUGGAUUCAUCUGGCGUAAAGCAUGGACUUCAAUGGUGGAUCACGCACUGUGACCACGGAAAGCUAUGGUAGGAAAGCAAAGCUCGGGUGUCGUCCAUAGGCGUAAGAGUACGGAUGAUCUCUGGGGUAUAGACCAUAGUGCAUUGCUAGAGCCAAACGUGCAACUCAAAACAGUUUUUUGCCAUUCAGACUUUGAGUCCGGAGUUUUUCAAUGUCAAGUAAAUUUCAUGUGCUUUCCACAGUAGUCCGCAUUGCUCUCUUUCGUCUUAACCAGUGGCAGACUGUGUUGCC